CAUGAGGGCAGCGCGCUGGGUCCUCGCCCUGCUCCUGGCCACUGCCGGGGCUGCAGGAGGGCACGCCUGUGGCAGGAGGCAGUUCCAGUGCCAAAGUGGCACAUGCAUCUCCUUCCGGUGGGUGUGUGACGGCAGCUCCGAGUGCCCCGACGGCUCCGACGAGUCCCAGGCCACCUGUGCCUCGGUCACCUGCAAGCCCGAGGACUUCAGCUGCGGCGGCCGCCUCAAUCGCUGCAUCCCUCGGUCCUGGAGAUGCGACGGGCAGGUGGACUGUGAGAACAGCUCGGACGAGCUGGGCUGUGCCCCCAGGACGUGCUCGCAGGACGACUUCCGCUGUGGCGAUGGCAAGUGCGUCUCCCGGACGUUCGCCUGCGACGGGGACCGCGACUGUGCCGACGGCUCGGACGAGGCGUCCUGCCCGGUGUCCACGUGCGGCCCUGCCCAGUUCCGCUGCAACAGCUCCAGCUGCAUCCCCGAGCUCUGGGCCUGCGACGGCGACCCCGACUGUGCCGACGGCUCGGACGAGUGGCCGCAGCGCUGCGGGGGCCGCGACACGAUGGCCAGGGCGGACAGCGGCCCCUGCUCCGGCCUGGAGUUCCACUGCAGCAGCGGCGAGUGUGUCCACGCCAGCUGGCGCUGCGACCGCGACACGGACUGCAAGGACGGCUCGGACGAGCGGGACUGCGCCGUGCCCACGUGCCGCCCCGACGAGUUCCAGUGCUCGGAUGGGACGUGUGUCCAUGGCAGCCGCCAGUGUGACCAGGAGUAUGACUGCAAGGACAUGAGCGACGAGGUCGGCUGCGUGAACGUGACGCGGUGUGAAGGGCCCAGCAAGUUCAAGUGCCACAGUGGGGAGUGCAUCCCGGCAGACAGGGUGUGCAACUCGGUCAGGGACUGCCGGGACUGGUCGGACGAGCCCAUCAAAGAGUGCGCGACCAACGAGUGCCAGGACCACAAUGGCGGCUGCUCCCACAUCUGCAACGACCUCAAGCUCGGUCACGAGUGUCUGUGUCCCGACGGCUUCCGCCUGGUGGGCCAGCGGCACUGCGAGGAUAUUGACGAGUGUGAGGACCCCAGCGCGUGCAGCCAGCUCUGCGUGAACCUGCCGGGCAGCUACAAGUGCGAGUGUGAGGCAGGCUUCCGGCUGGACCCCCACAGCGGAGCCUGCAAGGCCACGGGCUCCAUCGCCUGCCUCUUGUUCACCAACCGGCACGAGGUGAGGAAGCUGACGCUGGACCGCAGCGAGUACACCAGCCUCAUUGCCAACCUCAAGAACGUGGUGGCGCUGGACACGGAGGUGGCCAGCAACCGAAUCUACUGGUCCGACCUGUCACAACGCAAGAUCUACAGCGCGCAGAUGGACAAGGCGCAUGGCUUCCACGCCUACGACACGGUCAUCAGCGGGGACCUGCAGGCCCCCGACGGGCUGGCCCUGGACUGGAUCCACGGUAACAUCUACUGGACCGACUCGGUGCUGGGCUCCGUGUCCGUGGCCGACACCCGGGGCUUCAGGAGGAAGACGCUGCUGCGGCAGGAAGGUUCCAAGCCCAGGGACAUCGUGGUGGACCCCGUGCACGGCUUCAUGUACUGGACGGACUGGGGGAGCCCUGCCAAGAUCCAGAAAGGGGGCCUGAACGGCGUGGACAUCUACUCGUUAGUGACCGAAGACAUCCAGUGGCCCAACGGCAUCACCCUGGAUCUUUCCAGCGGCCGCCUCUACUGGGUGGACUCCAAGUUGCACUCCAUCUCCAGCGUGGACGUCAACGGGGGUAACCGGAAGAUGGUGCUGGAAGACGAGAAGAGGCUGGCACACCCCUUCUCCUUGGCCAUCUUCGAGGACAAGGUAUUCUGGACUGACGUCAUCAAUGAAGCCAUUUUCAGCGCCAACCGCCUCACGGGCUCCGACGUCCACCUGGUGGCCGAGAACCUGCUGUCCCCAGAGGACAUCGUCCUCUUCCACGACGCCACACAGCCGAGCGGGGUCAAUUGGUGCAACAUGACGGUCCUCCCCUACGGCGGCUGCCAGUACCUGUGCCUGCCAGCCCCACAGAUCAACGGCCACUCGCCCAAGUUCACCUGCGCCUGUCCCGAUGGCAUGGCGCUGGCCGAGGACAUGAGGAGCUGUGUCACAGAAUCUGAGGCCGCCAUGACCACCACCCCCCUGGGGACGCCGACAGCCAGGUCCACGGCCCUGGGGCCAGAGCAGAGCCCGGGCAGCCGGCCGCCUGCAACCACUGCACAGCGGCCCACGUCCUUCCGUGGGCUCGGCACUGUGGACACAGUCACCGUCUCCCAGCAAGCCCUCAACAGCCUGGACAGCCAAGGCAGCGAGGGGAGGCCCAGGCGCGUGGGGGCUCUGUCCGUUGUCCUGCCCCUCGCGCUGCUGGGCCUGCUGGGCCUUGGAGCCGUCCUGGUCUGGAAGAACUGGCGGCUGCGGAAUAUCAACAGCAUCAACUUCGACAACCCCGUGUACCAGAAGACCACCGAGGACGAGGUGCACAUAUGCCGCAGCCAGGACGGCUACACGUACCCGUCGCGUCAGAUGGUCAGCAUGGAGGAUGACGUGGCCUGAGCCGCC